CGAGUUCAGAGCAGAGUUAACUCAACUCGAGUUGAUUCAAACAAAUCGAACUCGAUCGUUCUCCUUCCUUCCUCUGCCCUGUAAGUCUCUACUUAACGGUCAAGUCCACAGAGAAAGCUUCUUCACUUUAGAAAAAGAAAACCGCAACUCUUAACAGAGCCAAUUGCGAUUCGAGACGUCAGAAAUAUGCAUUACUGGGUUCAAGCUUCUCCCGCUGAUUUCAGCGGAACUCCUCCCCGACCUCGCAGUGGUCACACCGCCGUUGUUGUCGGAAAGUCCAAGGUGGUCUUCUUCGGUGGCCUGAUCGACAAGAAAUUUCUAAGCGACAUUGUAGUAUAUGAUAUGGAGAAUAGGUUGUGGUUUCAGCCAGACUGCAGUGGAAGUGGCUCUGAUGGACAAGUGGGCCCCAGCCCACGAGCAUUUCAUGUUGCUGUUUCAAUUGAUUGUCACAUGUUCAUCUUUGGUGGAAGGUCCAGCAGCAAAAGGAUGGGUGACUUUUGGGUUCUGGAUACUGAUAUAUGGCAAUGGUCAGAGCUAACCAGCUUCGGUGAUUUGCCUUCACCAAGGGAUUUUGCUGCAGCCUCAUCAAUUGGAAACCGGAAAAUUGUUAUGUAUGGUGGGUGGGAUGGCAAGAAGUGGCUGUCAGAUGUUUAUGUCUUGGACACAAUAUCCCUUGAGUGGACAGAGCUGUCAGUUACUGGAGUACUGCCUCCACCUAGAUGUGGCCAUACAGCAACCAUGGUUGAGAGACGGUUGCUUGUCUAUGGUGGUAGAGGUGGUGGUGGGCCAAUCAUGGCUGAUUUGUGGGCUCUGAAGGGUCUUAUUGAAGAAGAGAAUGAAACACCUGGAUGGACCCAGUUGAAGCUUCCUGGUCAAGCUCCUUCUCCUCGUUGUGGCCACACUGUAACAUCUGGAGGGCACUAUCUCUUGCUGUUUGGUGGGCAUGCCACUGGUGGCUGGUUGAGUCGAUAUGACAUUUAUUACAAUGACUGCACUGUUUUAGACAGGGUGUCCGCACAGUGGAAACGAUUACCUACCAGCGGUGAUCCCCCUCCUGCUCGAGCAUACCACACAAUGACCUGUAUUGGUUCACGAUAUCUUUUAUUUGGUGGUUUUGAUGGGAAGUUGACAUUUGGUGAUCUAUGGUGGUUGGUUCCAGAAGGAGACCCUAUUACAAAGCGGUUGGCUGCAUCUCCACAGGAAAUUCUUCCUCAAAGUAAGGAUUUGGGCAUGGCCAAGGAAGGUGUCCAAUCUGCAUUUAAGGAAAGCCAAAGGGAGGAAUCUGCUAUUGCUGAAUUACAAAAGAGAUCAGAAAUUUCAGUUUCACUCUCAAGUUCUGGGCUUCAAAUUGUAGAUGAGUUCGAGGAUGCAGAACUUCUUGAGCUUGCUUCAGGAUUUAUGGGUGAUAGAGUCUCUAGCAAUGAACAGAAAACUCUGGCACUUCGUGAUCACUGGAGGAAGUCUACACCCAGUUCUAUACAAUUAAAGGAGCUUGGACCCUUGCUUCGCGACUAUCAACGACUAAUUGCUCGCUAUCAUUUAGCAAAAGGCGGAGCUGAUUUGCAUUCAAUGGAAUCUGGUUUUCCUGGGAAAUAUGCUUAUCAGUUUUAUCACAUGAAAAAUGCUUCUCAGCUACGAAUGGAUGACAUCCCGAAGCUCCUGGAAGAGUACAAACAGCUGCCAUCUGAUUGAUGAACAAUUUGGCAGUCUCCUUUUAUAUGAGCAAAAUUGCCAUUUGAGUUUGCAACUUUGCAUCUGAUCAGAGUGACCUUUUCGUAAAUCUUCCUUAAACAGAUUCUGAUGCAUAUUGACAAGGGGAUGCUUUGAUUUUUACAUGUACCAUUUCGGAUCUGUUUUUAUUUAGUCAUUGUUUAGUACAGCCUCUAUUGACUAUUUUCACUAUUUCAGUAUUCAGAUGUACAUUUGUCAAUGCUGUAAUGGCAUUGUGUUUGAAAGACAACACUACUUAUGUAUCUAGAUUGCCUCAAGGUGAGAAAUAUUCAGCUGCCUCAGGGCAACUUUGUUAUUA